GGGUCUGUUAUGUCACAAAAACCUGAAGAUCCAGUUUGUGAGCGGCAGAGCAGCAUAAGAGCUGGGUGCUGCUGGACACUUCAGAUCUCCACCGCUGCUGGCAAACACAAGAUGGCUCAUUAUAACCCAUCCUUAUCGUCUCCAUCAGACGAGGUCAAUCUGGGUGUGUCGGUCAAUCCUCAAGCCAAACCCACUGACUUUGACUUUCUGGCUGUGAUUGGGAAAGGAACAUUUGGGAAGGUGCUCUUAGCUAAACUGAAAGCUGAUGGGAAAUUCUAUGCCGUGAAAGUUUUGCAAAAGAAAAUGAUAUUGAAGAAAAAAGAGCAAAAGAAUAUCAUGGCAGAGAGGAACGUGCUGCUCAAGAGUCUGAAACACCCUUUUCUGGUCGGGCUGCACUACUCCUUUCAGACCUCGGAGAAGCUGUAUUUUGUCCUGGAUUACGUCAACGGUGGAGAGUUAUUCUAUCACCUGCAGAGAGAGCGCUGUUUCUCAGAGGCACGAGCUCGCUUCUACACGGCGGAGGUGGCCAGUGCCAUCGGAUACCUUCACUCUCUCAAUAUAGUGUACAGAGACCUCAAGCCAGAAAACAUUCUGUUAGACCACCAGGGUCAUGUGGUGUUAACAGAUUUCGGCUUGUGUAAAGAAGGCAUAGAACCAGAAGGAACCACCACGACCUUCUGCGGCACCCCAGAGUAUCUGGCCCCUGAGAUCCUGCGGAAAGAGCCGUAUGACCGCACUGUGGACUGGUGGUGUCUCGGAGCUGUGCUCUAUGAGAUACUUUACAGCUUACCUCCGUUCUACAGCCGGGACGUGUCUGAGAUGUACGACGCCAUCCUUCACAAACCUCUGCAUCUGCCUCCGGGGAAGUCUCAGGCCUCCAGUCACCUGCUCUACGGACUCCUGCAGAAAGACCAGCGCCGCCGCAUAGGAGCCAUUGCUGAUUUUUUGGAGAUUAAAAAUCAUGUCUUCUUCACCCCCAUAAACUGGGACGACCUCUACCACAAGCGAAUCACUCCUCCAUAUAACCCAAAUGUGAGAGGCCCAGCAGACCUUCAGCACAUUGACCCAGAGUUCACCAGAGAGACGGUGCCCAACUCUGUGGGCCGCACCCCAGACCUCACCCCCAGCCUGGCCACCAGCAGCUCCAACGCCUUCACCGGCUUCUCAUACAUCUCUGGAGAAGACGGCUUCCUCUGAGGCGAAGACUUCUCUCGCCGUCAGCUCUCUGAGCGCAGGGCGUUUCACUGGACUGGGAUGAGGGUAAGCUGUGACACAGGAAACGCACCUGUCGCAUGACGAGUUUUCAGAUUCUGCAUUCAUAAUAAGAUAUUUCAUCAGGAUGCACUCAUGUUCUUUGUGUAAGACUAAAGGACAUUGCCGGAGACGGGUUUGCUGAUUGCACCGCUGGCAAAGAAGCUAUAGUUGCAAAACCUGUAAAAGUCUACAGUAGAUUUGUGAUCUUGCUCGUCUUUGGGGGAUGGUGGAUCUGCCUGCUUUACCUUUGGCAACAUUCUCAUCUAAUGUUCUUCAUCUGAUUACUGAAAAGCAUGGAAAAUGACACCUUUGCUUUGUAACGUUAUGUGCAAAACAUCCUGUAAUGCAAUGCUCUUCUGUUGUUAAAAAUGUCACAAUCAAAUCUAUUUUAUGAUCUAAAAAAGUGAAGUUAAUCUAACUGUGCUUUAUGAAAUCAUGUAUUAAUGCUGAGAAAGUCUUUGUCAAGAACCAAUGAUAAAUGUAUUUGUUUUUUCUCUUUGACACAGAUAUGUACAGAUAUACAUAUAUAUACUGCUCAUAUGUGUUUUUGUUUAAGAUGUUGUCAAAUCUUGCUAAUUUUUCCCUUAAUUUGUGUGAUAUGAUAGAAUUCACCUUGGAAAAAAAAUGUGUUGAGAUUUUAUUUUAUUUUCCUCUGAUGUGGCAGUUUUUGUUUCCAUAUGACAAAGCAGCGAUGAAUUCAUGCAAAGCAUUACAUUCACACACUGUUCAUUCAUUUUGACUUCACCAUUAAGCAGAACAUCUCCAUCUAUUUUAAUAGUAACAUGUAUAACAUUUAUAUUAGCUUCCUUUAAAUAAACAUAAAAAAGAUCAAACAGAAAUACCAAAAAUAGUUCAAUUCCAUGUUGACUUUAUGAUCACUAGAAAGUUAGAAACUGUUUUUAGACAAAUUAUAAUUAGUUUUGGUCCUUAUGCAAAUGCUAAUUUUAGUCUCGUCAGGUGACUGUAAAUAAGAUCAUUUUCUUAUCUAGAAGUUAUCUAUUUGCAAUCAGCAAAGAUGAGUUUAAGGAAGUGUGUGCUUUCCACAGUGUAGACUAACUCUGGGUUAAGUCUGGAACAUUUCUGAGAUAAGGUAAAUUGGUUAAAGUUUCUCCGUGUUUUGAGGCGUUUAAAAAAUAUUUUAGAAUUUUAUUCUAAUCUCUAAAACAAUAAUAAAAAAAAACUACUGCAUUG